AUGGACGACAGGGCACCCAGCUCCCCACUGCAAAAUGAGGGUGCUCUGCAGCAACCCAGCACCCUGCAGGACUCUCCCAGCUCCCUGCAUCCUCGGGGGCUGCUCUCUGUCAUCCAGAGGCUGAGCAGUUCCCCAGGGCAGGAGCUCCGCAUCGUGCUGCUGGGGCUGGACAAUGCAGGCAAGACCACGCUGCUGAAGCGCCUGGCAUCUGAGGAGGUCAGCACCAUCACUCCCACCCAGGGGUUCAACGUCAAGAGCGUCCACUCGCAUGGCUUCAAGCUGAACAUCUGGGACAUCGGCGGGCAGCGCGCCGUCCGACCUUACUGGAGGAAGUACCUGGGCAGCACUGACCUGCUGAUUUAUGUCAUCGACAGUGCAGACCAGAAGCGCUUCGAGGAGACAGGGCAGGAGCUGGCGGAGCUCACUGAGGAGGAAUCUCUGAUGGGGGUCCCACUGCUCGUAUUUGCCAACAAGCAGGACCUGGUGACAGCAGCACCUGCAGCUGAGAUCGCAGAAGGGCUGAGCCUCCACACCUACCGGGACCGAGAAUGGCAGAUCCAGGCCUGCUCAGCCCUGUCUGGAGAAGGAUGGAAUGAACUGGAUUUCCAAGCAGAUCAUGAGCAGGAAGAAGUGAGAGCUGCAAAGUGA